AUGACACAAGACACCACAACCCCCAAUGGAACAGAUUAUGCCUUCGAUCUCGGUGGUUUCGAACGACGGGUUACUACCAAAAGCCCCGAGGCUCAAAUUUGGUUCAAUCGAGGUCUGAUCUGGGCGUAUGCCUUUAACCACCACGAAUCAGCCGCCUGCUUCGAGCGGGCCAUCGCCCUCGAUGAAUCUUUCGCGAUGGCCUACUGGGGUCUAUCAUGGACACUCGGUCCAAACUAUAACCAGCCAUGGGAAUUCUUCGGCGCCGAUCUCAAGAAAGUAGUGCAACGCACUUAUCACGCUUCCCGUAAGGCGCUGGAGUUCGCCACUGGCGGAACCCCGUUGGAACAAGCGCUCAUCAAUGCGAUCCAGGCUCGCUAUCAGAGCGAUGAACCUGCACCCAUGGAGCAGUAUAAGAUUCAAGAUAGAGCCUAUGCCGCUGAGAUGGAAGCUGUAUAUCGCCAAUACGGAGAUGAUUUGGAUGUCGCCACUCUCUACGCUGAUUCCCUUAUCACGCUCACACCAUGGAAACUAUGGAACCUGGUUACGGGACAGCCCAACCCUGGAACACGAACUCUUGAUGCUAAGCUGGUGCUGGAGACGGCACUAAAACAUCCAGAUGGAAAGCGGCACCCUGGUCUGCUACACAUUUACAUUCAUCUCAUCGAGAUGUCGCCCACUCCAGAGCUCGGCUUGGUUCCUUCCGACCACUUGCGUGAUCUCGUCCCCGACUCGGGCCACAUGUGCCACAUGCCAUCGCAUCUAGAUAUUCUUGUCGGAGACUAUCGAGCCGCCAUCCGAAGUAAUCAACGCGCUUCAAUUGCAGACGAGAAGUUCAUGGAACACCACGGUGUCUUCAACUUCUAUACAGUCUACCGCAUGCAUGUCUACCACACACUUAUCUACGCAGCAAUGUUCGCCGGACAAAAAGCCGUCGCACUCGACGCCGUCGAUCGCAUGGAAAACUCCCUACCAAGAGAGCUGUUGAAAUCAAUGGCCGACUAUGCCGAAGUCUUCGUCUCCGUCCGAUGGCACGUCAUGGUUCGUUUCGGCAUGUGGAGGGAAAUCAUCGACCUCCCUCUCCCCGAUGACCCCGAGCUAUACUCCGUUACUACCGCGGUAGCACACUACGCCAAGGGCGUCGCGUACGCUGCAACCGGUCACAUCCCCGAGGCAGAAACCCAGAGAGAUCUAUACCGAGAAGCGGCAAAGCGCGUCCCAGAAACUCGUCUCGACUGGCCAAAUAAAUGCGUCUCGAUCCUGGGUAUCGCAUCUGCGAUGCUGGACGGCGAAAUCGAAUACCGUCGUGGCAACUACACAGAGGCCUUUGAGCAUUUGCGCCGCUCCGUCGAUCUAGACGAUGGCCUGGACUACAGUGAGCCCUGGAGCUGGAUGCAGCCAGCGCGUCAUGCCCUCGCUGCCUUGUUGCUAGAGCAGAAUCAUGUAGAGGAAGCGGCGGCCGUGUACCGCGCUGACCUGGGCCUUGAUGAUUCUGUUAUUCGUGCGCGUCAGCAUCCGAAUAAUGUUUGGGCUUUGCAGGGUUAUCACGAGUGUCUUGUAAGAUUGGGACGAGAGGAUGAGGCGAGGGUUGUCAGACCGCAGUUGACGACUGCUGUUGCUUUGGCUGAUGUGCCCGUUACGUCGUCUUGUUUCUGUCGGACUGAUACUGAGAAGGCGCCCAAGUUGCCGGGUACCUGUUCCAAGGGCGGAUGCAAUCUGUAA